UUCUAAGACGAAGAAGAAGUAGAGGGACGCGCAGUGGCUUGUGGGAUUGUUAGUUCUCGGCGGGUAGGAUAUUUUACGAUCAAAGAGAAGAACAAAACAAGUCGUUUUAGGACCAAAUCCAGCGAUUAGCCUUUAACUCAACAUUUACAGGAGCGAUGUGCGUGUUAUGCAUUCUGAUAAACUAUAUUUGACUCGAUGUUUGCCAGCGGAAGAGGCUCACUUUGGAGAAAAUAAACAGGAAGUUCUUAGCUUUGUGGGACGUGUAGUUCGGCUGCAGGCCGCCGAGCUUCAUAACCGCGCACAUAGAAUAGAAACAACAAUUAAAUACACUAAACAACUUCCAGACAGUGCACGUUUGGUCUCGGCGCUGCAGCAAAUAUGCCCGGAUUCACAUGCUGCGUCCCUGGCUGCUACAACAACUCGCACCGGGACCGGGACCUGCGCUUCUACACCUUUCCAAAGGACACCACGUUGAGGGAGCAGUGGCUGAGAAACAUCUCCAGGGCCGGGGUCAGCGGCUGCUUCAGCACCUUCCAGCCCACCACGGGACAUCGGGUCUGCAGCGUGCACUUCGCCGGCGGCAGGAAGACCUACACCGUCAGAGUCCCUUCCCUAUUCCCGCUGCGAGGGGUGAAUGAGCGCCGGAGUCGACGGGGCAGGGGCAGAAAAGUGUCCGCCGGGGUUCCCUCCCCCGCCGCUGCAGCCACCUCCGGGAUUGUGGUCACCAGUGUGCUGGGAAACACGGCGGAGGGAGCCGAGGGCAACGCCGGAGGUGAGGCGAACGACGACAGCAUCACCGUGGUCCAGAUCGGUCAGAACGGGGAGUAUCUGGGAACGGCGCGGCUGUCCGCUCAGCCGGAGGGGACCUGUUACAGCGCGCCGCCGGUCUCCUCCGCGGACGACCUCAAGGCCGACCCUUCGUCGGCGGAAAACGCGUCCGGCGUUUCCCAGUCGGCGGUACAGUUUGUCAGCGUGACCAGCAGCCCGCUGGACCACUCGUACUCCCUGACCACCGGCACCACGUCGGCCGAGCUGCUGCGCAAACUGAACGAGCAGCGGGACAUCAUCGCUCUGAUGGAGGUGAAGAUGAAGGAGAUGAAGGCGACCAUCCGCCAGCUCCGGGUGGCCGAGGCCAAGCUGCUCGAGGAGGUCCGGGAACGGGACCGGCUCCUGUAUGGCCACUCGGUGUCUGUUAGUGUCCGGAAAAAAGUGUGACGGGACGCGUGGACUCACCCGGAGACUCGGACUCACUCAGACCCAGCCGUGUUUUGUAUCGGGGUCAGUCACGCAAGUUUGGCAGGAUGAAGAAAAAAAACAAAACAAGACAAACAAAACAACGAACUUAUUCUAAAAACAUGCAUCAAGUUUUAAAAAAAUGGAAGUUUGUGUUCAUGUUUGUUUAUUGUAGCUUGGAAUUAUAUUUACGCAACUUUGUACAAAGAGUAAGUGAGAGUUUGUUUGAGGACGUCAAGUAUGUCACCACAAAACUUUAGAAAUUAUUUUACUUAACUAUACUUCUGGGACACAUUUCACAUAGUCAUACAGGGGGGGAGUGCUCUCAUUUUGAAGCAAUCAGGGUUCUUUUUGAGCUGUUUGUGAUCACAUUAUUUGACAUUGUCAGACACAUUUACAUGUCACACAACAUGAUUUUUCUUAAAGCUUGAAUCAUGUUUUUAAUGUGAUAAUCUUGCCAAAACCAGUUACUGACUCAAUAAACUACAAGCGAUGACAAUAUAUUUUCAUCAGAUAGAUACAUUUUUUUUUUCCACUGGACUGAUAUAUAAACUUUUGACUGACUAGUUGAUGUAGCUGAAGCUGAUAGUAAUAACGUCAUUACUAAUCACAUAAAAUUAUGCAUAGCCUUGCAGCCCAGUCAUAAUGAAUUAAGACCCAGUUUAAAUAUUGAGUCAAAAUUCAUGGUUGGGGCAAAUUUACAGGUCUUGGCUGGUGUGUUUUAUGGGGAGAUUGUUUAGGAGUAUUUGCUUAGUUGCAUACAAUGCUUUUUUUUUCUUUUUGUUUCUUAGCUUUUCAGCAGAAAUCAGUAGAUUACUGCAGAAAACCACUGUCCAUGGACUCCAGAGGUUGUUUGCACCAACAUGAAAUAAGACUUUUCACUUUUCUUGGUGCGCUGACAGUUAUAAUCUGCUGAAUAAAACUUUACCAUAACUAUAUUAGAGUUGCCUUUGGGGGUUUCAGAAGCUGCUUUUCUGGAGUUUUGUUGCAAAGACUUUUGCUCAACAAAAAGAAACUCCCAGGACUUUUUUUUUUUAAACAAUAAAGGGCACUCAAUCGAAAUGUUAUCCGAAGAUGUUUCUUGACAACAAGCAUUGGGUUUGUGCAUUUGUGCAACGAUCCUUUUAAUAGAUUACUUAGAUUCAAUAUAUUUUAUGCAAGUUGAAUAUGUAUGUUUGUCUCAGAGGCUGUUUCUUGAAAGUACAUCUAGUUUCCGUAUGGUUCAUGUAUUUUAUGUGCCUGUUUACAGUCAGAUGGUUUCUUCACACAGACUAUUAAUGGCUGCAUCCCUGUUAUUCAUAGAACAUUACAUUACAGAUAUCUGAACUUGGUCUAACAGCUGUGCUCGACUCUCGCUUUAAAUUAGAUUUCACUUUGAAACAGUGCAGAUACAAGCAGGUUCAUUUCUCAGCUCACCGUGGAUGCAGAUAUGUUGUUCAGUGUCACUGUUACAAAACAGAAACCCUCUGGGUCACCAAGUCCCUCAGGGUUUCUGUUGUUGAUGCCUUCAGUGUAAGAGGAGUCUGGCUCAUAUUUGUCUGAGUGAAAACUCCCUGAAGCCUGAACCACAAAGCUGGAUUAACAUGGACAGGACAUCACUCCAUUAUCUCAUUUUACAAACCCAGACAUUCUCGGUCUUUGAUAGGGGGAACUACGAAGCUGGUUAUCAACUAGGUAAAUCAAUUCAAGUUUUUCUAAUCUUGACUGGUGUGCGUUGCUGUUUGCAGAGUCUGACAGAAGCCCUGCAGAGCAGCUUUCUUUACCAUGGAGGAGCAGACAAUUAUUCUUUCAAAACAUGAAGGAUUCAGACACAUCAUCCAGGCGUAAAGCAACAACGCUGCAACAGCAAAGGCCAAGACUGCGAGCAGAAAAUUGCUGACUCUGGUAAUGUGUAACUUUGUGAGAUUAUACAAUAUUAAUUCAUGAGAAAGUAUGAAUGGGCGACUCUGAUCACUCAAUAUGACUUUAUUACGACACUGUUACUGGCAGAGCCUCCUCAGUGCUCUCCUUACAGUUCUUUUGAGGCUCAGCUUUCUGUGUGAGUGUGUUUAGUGUUGGAAUAUUAAUUCCUCGCCGUGACAGCAGGAGUAGUUGUGCAUUCCAAAAAAAAAAAAAUCACAUUUCUACAGUUAUGCCAUGUGUGACUGUUGCUUAUCAUUAAUCUCUUUAUUUCAGAUGCAUCCCUAUAGGGUGCUCAAUGAAAUUGGGAACAAGUCUAGAACAGUUCAAAAACACACUUUACAGCAGUGACAAGGAUUUAUUUUAUUAUGUAAAAAAAAGUUUGCAUUUCUCCUUAAAAACUCUUUCUCUCAUAUGCGCUCCACUUACGAUCGACACGUCAGGAUCUUCUCAGAAUGGGUAGGUCAUUUUCCAAGCACUCAUUGGUCUGGAGUCUGUAACCUGGUCUGGAGCAGGUUAUCCGUUCAGCGGUAGUUGCCCCGGUGAGAAGUGAACCAGCAUCGUAGGAUGGACGACCCAGAGUUAUUCCCUGAAGUUGCUUCGAUAAGAGAAAAUCCAGCUUUGUAGUACAGGCCUCUAGACUGCAGUGAAGGUUUUGGUUUUGUUUGCUCUAUUAAAGACGAGACAAAGAUUUGGAGUGAAGUGCAGUAUUU